UAUUGACGAGAUUGCCUGGAUCUUUACGCGGAUGGAGGAGUAAAAAUAAUUGACAAUAAACAUACAUCGUAUGCCUCAGACAGAGUAAAUGCAGUCUGUGCAACAGUUUUAGCCAUAACAUUAUCAAUGAUACAGUUUUCUCUGUAAGGUUUCGUUUGAAGCUUUGCAGUCGCUGCCAGCUGUUUUGCCCCGGGGGAAUGGAGCAUAUCCGAACGCCAAAGGUGGAGCAGGUGCGGCUGUUGGAUCGUUUCAGCAACAAAUCCACAAAUGGCACACUGUACCUCACAGCUACACAUCUUAUCUUUGUGGAGAGCAGCUCUAACAACUCAACCUCUGCCGGACAGGAGAUCUGGAUUUUGCAUCACCAUAUAGCCUCAAUGGAGAAGCUCUCUCUGACCACCACAGGCUGUCCUCUGGUCAUCCAGUGUCGUAACUUCAGGGUGGUUCAUUUUGUGGUACAGAGAGAAAGAGACUGCCAUGACAUCUACAGCUCACUCCUGCAUCUUCUACGGCCUGUAUCCUAUGAGGAGCUCUAUGCUUUCUCCUACAACCCCAAACAGAACGACCAACAGAGAGAGGAAGGAUGGCAGCUCAUUGACCUGGGGGCGGAGUUUGAGAGGAUGGGUGUCCCCUGCGACCAAUGGCAACUCACUGAUGUCAACAGAGACUACAAGGUGUGUGAGACAUACCCACGGGACCUGUAUGUUCCCAUUACAGCGAGUAAGCCUAUCAUUGUGGGGAGUUCCAAGUUCAGAAGCAAAGGACGCUUUCCUGUACUCACAUACUUCUACCAGGAGAAAAAGGCAGCAGUGUGUCGAUGCAGUCAGCCUCUCUCUGGGUUCAGUGCACGAUGCUUAGAGGACGAGAGCAUGCUGCAGGCCAUUAGCAAAGCUAAUCACAACAGCCGAUUUGUCUACGUCAUGGAUACUAGGCCAAAGUUGAAUGCACUAGCUAACCGAGCAGCAGGUAAAGGCUAUGAGAAUGAAGACAACUACUCCAACAUCCGCUUCCAGUUUGUUGGCAUCGAAAACAUCCAUGUAAUGAGGACCAGCCUGCAGAAGCUGAUAGAAGUGAUUGGGACUCGGUCUCUCUCCAUGAGUGACUACUUGGUUGGCCUGGAGAGUAGUGGCUGGCUGCGGCAUAUCAAAGCCAUUGUAGACGCAGCUAUCUUUCUCGCCAAGGCGGUGACAGUGGAAGGAGCCAGUGUGUUGGUUCACUGUUCAGACGGAUGGGAUAGAACAGCCCAAGUCUGCUCCCUGGGGGCAUUGCUCAUGGAUCCGUACUACCGUACCAUCAAAGGCUUCAUGGUACUGAUAGAGAAAGACUGGAUCUCCUUUGGUCACAAGUUUGCCGACAGAUGUGACCAGUUGGAUGGGGAUCCAAAGGAGGUGUCUCCUAUUUUCACUCAGUUCCUGGAGUGUGUCUGGCAGCUGAUGGAGCAGUUCCCACAGGCAUUUGAGUUCAGUGAGUGGUUCCUGCUGCAGAUCCAUGAACAUGUCCACUCCUGUCAAUAUGGAAACUUCCUUGGCAACAAUCAGAGACAGAGAGAGGAGUUGCAGUUCAGAGAGCGGACACACUCACUGUGGGCAUUUCUAAUGAACGAAAAACAGAACUACUUGAAUCCAUUCUACAGUCCUGCAUACUCUGAAUUGCAUCCUGUGUUGGAGCCUUCCACUCUGCCUUACCAUUUCAAGUUCUGGAGGAACAUGUAUCACCAGUUUGAUCGGUCCAUGCACCCACGGCAGUCUAUCCUCAAAACCACUCUGACCCUGAGAGAGAGUAGCCGCAAGGCAGAAAGCACAUUGCAAGCACUGAAGAGUAGACUCCAACAGCUCGGUGUGACUCCCGUUGUGACCUCUGAACCCCCUGCACCUCCUCCCACCAGAGAUCAGUGCUCCAACUCCAAAACCCUCCCGCCACGUCCCGACUCCCUCAUCCUGGUGGCACCCAUCAACCACAAAGAAGUGCAGCAACAGGUGGAGGAAGAUGAGCAGGAGGAGAUGGGUGAGGAGGCCACGGAGAGCACCGACACAGAGCGGACAGUAGAGGGCAGCAGUGUCACUGACAGCAGGAAGCAGAGCUAUGGAGAGCUGGAAGGGACAUACAACAGUGAGCUGGCCAAAGAAGAGCCAGCUGUUGUCAGUCUGGAGUUUGGAGUGGCACGCAUGACCUGCUGAGACCAAACGGGUAUUGUGGGAUACAUGACUCAGAGAGAAGGCUUACUGAAAGUGUGUGCAUGUCAAGGGGAAACUGUCGUUCUGUAUGGGAUUACGUGCUGAUUGCACAGUAGUCCUGAAUCGGCCAAGUGGAUGAAGUUGCCGUAUAGUCUAAAUUUCUAUGGAAAGCCUCAUUAUUAUGUUAUAUAUUGCACCUAUAGGAAAAAGGCGUCUUUUUUUUUUUUUAAUGAAUGUUAAAAAGCACUAUAGAGAGGUAAUGAAUAGAAAAGAGAAUAAAUUCAUCCAAAAAAAUGGUGAGUCUUCUAGUUUGUUCAGUUUUAUAAUCCAUUUUUUUUAAAUAUAUGGCCUUGAUAUUCCUAACAAAUGGUCACAUGUUUCAGCAUGAAAAGCCACUCAAAGUCACAUUUUAUGGCAUCAGAAGUAUUUCAUUUCAUCCAAAGGCUUGAAUCCAAUUUAAUCUGAAUGCUUCUUAUGAAAAAAAAAAAAAAUCAUGUCCUACAUUAUUAAAGAUAAUCUAGCAAUGAAAAUAAUACCAAUAACUGCAUCUGACUAAAUGCAGUUUGAUUUGCUUUUAAGUAGUCAGCGGUUGUUUCAUUUAUGUAAUUAUUAAUGUGACAAUGGACCAGGUCCAGCUGUCAGCUGUGAACUUUUUUUUAAAAAGAGAAUUUUACUAAAGUUGAUUUUACCAAAUUUGCCCUAAAGGAUCCAUGCUUUUUCUUAAUUCUCCCAAUUUAAAUGAAUGGGAAAGUGGUCUCAGACUUUUGGAUCUCACUGUAACUGAAUAGAAUUUACCGUAGAUGCUGGAUGUUGAAAUACGUUUGAAAUAAGUAUAUCUAGAUAAAAUAUUAUUGUAGAAAAAAGUAAUGGAAUGGCUUUAGGUUAAAAAUCCUUAAGUUUCUUUUUGUGGUUGCUAUGUUUUAGAACAAGACAUUAUUAUACACCUUUAUUUUUAACUGGGUUAGGUUUACUGCCCUGGGGAUGUAGCAUGUGAAUUUAGGCCAGAAGUUCCCAUUUAUUUUUGAGCCAUAUUGUCUGUUUUGGCUUAGCUUUUAUUUGUUGAGACCAUAAUAAUUCUGUGUUAAUUCCAGACUAAGGUUGUAAAUUUGCUUCAUAUUAAAGCUUAGAAAGGAUUUGAUCUUAAUUGGAUUUGAGCAAACAUUUUCUUGAUCAGUAUGCUGCAGAAAGGCAGGAUGUUAAACCUGGAGGAUGUCAGGAUAAUCAGAGUUAAUGAGUGAUGUAUGUUUCUCUGCUAUGCAAAUUCAUGAUCAUCUAUAUAUAUUUUGUUUGCAUCGUGCUUUCCAUGGCACUCAAGGCAACAACUUCACAACACCCAACUCUGUUCAUUCUGCUGUGUUUUAUCCAGCCUGUGUGCUAUUAAAUACUUUAUGGAAAUUGUGCUUACAACUUUAGCAGUGAAGUUCCUCCUUAAAGACCACUCUUCUCCAUCCUCACAUACUGUAGGAAUAAAUGGAGUUUUGUACUUACACACACAGAAGCAUAUUCACACAGCCAUUGGAAAGCUGACCACAGACAAAUCAUUGUCUAUGAGUAAAGAAACCUAUAAAUAUAAUUAUUCAGCUAUAACAACUUGCAAUAAAGAGAGCCUGGCAGUGCAAUGUGAUGUAUGUACCCCGUGUCAACUCUUUCACUCUUUAACUUAAGAGAGAAAAUGGCACAAUAAUUGGCGCAAAGAGAACCCACACAUCAAGGUAAUGUGAGCAAUAGGGUUUUCAGAAAGCAAAAUGUGUUUUCACCCUUUUUCUUCAUAUAUCUUUUACCUCUCUUGUUCUUUCACAAGGUUUCUUAUUUUUUUAUUUGACUUUACCAACCUUUUUAAGGUGAUCAGUCAUUUUUACGCUUUAGAUUGAUGAAUACAGAGUGCGAAAGAAGCUUUAUUAUGUUUUUAAAAUUCCAAACUAAGACCUAUUUUACAGUGUAAAGGUAUUCAUAAAAUUGUUUGAAUAUGUGUUAA